CGUGCCUUUCUGUCGGGAAGGAAUGCACGCAGAGGAGACAGACAGAGAGAUAAACAGGAAUCAUACAGUACAGAGGAUCACCCUCCAGUGCAGACGCACGGGCUCUCUCUCUCGCUCCCUCCCUCUCUCACUUUUUCUCUCACUCGCCCACUUAGUAUCAUUUCAUCUCUCUCUCCCUCUCCCUCUCUCUCUCUCACCACACUCUCAGUCGCUGAGCUCUAACGGAUGGGGAUACACCGCCAAGGAGGACUUAGGGGUGAGAAGUGUGUGUUUCUUCUCUUCUCUGGUGUGUUUUCGUUCUCUUCCGCCUGGCUUCCCUCAUGAGCUGUUAAUUCCAGCCCUGGUCCUGAGGAUGAGGAGGAUCUGUUUGUGAGGAAGACGCAACAAAGGAAGAGAGAACAAGGAGCAACAGGGUGGCAAAUUCUGCAAGCGGGAGUGAGCAAAAAGAUCUUUUCUUUUUCUCCAGGCUCAAGCAAGGAGCCCUGAGUCUAAGAAGCAGCCAUGUGAGAGAAGCUGUCAGUGAGCAGAGGAUGCCCACGUCCAGCUAAAGCAGCCCUUCCCCCCCUCUCUCCCCACCCUGCUGCUCCCUCCCUUCUUCCCACAUGAGGACAAGAAGAUGACUAUCUCCAGCCGGCAGUCCUUCAAUGUCCUGACGGUCAUCUUCCUCCUACUGUCCACUGCAGCCCUCUCUGCUCAUUACCGAGUGUGUGAACCUUACUCUGACCACAAAGGGCGGUACCACUUUGGCUUUCACUGCCCACGCCUCUCAGACAACAAGACCUAUAUGUUCUGCUGCCACCACAACAACACCGCCUUCAAGUACUGCUGCAACGAGACUGAGUUCCAGUUGGUCAUGCAGGUCAACCUCACCACCACCCCUGAUGGUUAUGCACACAAUAAUUAUACAGCCCUGGUCGGUGUGUGGAUCUACGGCUUCUUUGUGAUGGUGCUGCUGGCUCUGGACUUUCUCUACUACUCAGCCAUAAACUACGAGCUGUGCCGGAUCUACCUGGAGAAAUGGGGUCUUGGAGGACGCUGGCUGAAGAAGGCUCGGAGUCAGUGGCACAGGUCCAUGCCGGAGGAGAGCGAAGCCCAGGCUCAAGCGCAGCCCAUGGUCCCCACCCACUUCCAGCCCAGACACAGCCUCAGAGGGGAGAGCCACAGCCCUACGCUCCUGCCCUACAACACAUCCACCGCAUGAAUGAUGCUGUGAGUGGAUGAACAGAAGAGUAGCAACACCUGGUUUCCUUACAUGGUACAGAGGAGAUGUUCCCCAGUCACCCCUCUCUGGACCACAAACACAGCAUCACUGGUGGGCUAGCCAUACUGUAGUAGCUAGAAGUGACUACUGCCCCCUUUCUAAUGAGCACAAAAUACCCACAGACUAACAGAAUCAGGCGAAACAGCUGAAGAAAGCCUGGAAAGCCACACAGACGAAUGUAUCGCUGCUUCUACAGAAGGGAGAGAUGGAUGCAUUUAUCUGCUUAUAGGGUUUAACUGAUUCCCUAAAGUAUCUGCCAAGGCCUGGAGUACCCCAAACAAAUCCAAGAUGAACUGGAUAAACUGUACUCGCAAGUGAGAAAGCUUGCCUAUUUAAAGAAAAAAAGAAAAGAAAAAAAAGCUUAUUUCUAGAUAUAACAUGUUUAUUAAACUGCUGUGUCACUUUGUGUUCAGUAGCAGUUAGACACAGUUGUGGGUUAUCUAUUUGGUGAUUUAUUUAUGUGAAGUAGUCAGAGAAAAUAUAUGAGUGGCUAACAAUCUGAUUAUGUAAUGGCUUAGGUUGAUGCUGAGCAUCUCACUUAGAGUAGAAUGUUUUUGUUACCUACUGAAACCAGAAAAAAUGCCUCUGCAGCCACGAUGAAAAACAAACAUCUUAUACAAAAUGUUUUUGGUCUCCUUUCUGCAAAACAAGCGAUUUCUUGAAACAGUGUCGGAAAAGGACGUAAGGCCAUAAAAAUAAACUGCUGAAACUUCAAAACAUGAGGGUUUUCCAUCUUCACACAAGCAUUAAUGAGGAUCAGGGAUGCCUUCAUAACAGCCACAGUCUUUAUGCUAAUUUACACAUAUCCGUAUCCCUAAAGACCUGAGUGAAACCCUUACUUAUCAAAUUACAAGUUUGUGACAGUUUUCUAUAACAUCACCCACUGACCUAUUUGACCUUCCUCGUUAUUAGGGCUGCCUGAGAUCAGCUUCAUUAGCAAUAUGACGCAAAAUAAUAUCCAUUAGUCUCUUUAUACGAAGUGCUCCAAAUUCCACAUGGGUAACAGGCAACUGUAAGUAACUAGCCAUAACAGAAAAUGUUUCCAAAAGAAAUAUCAGUAAACCCCUUUCACUGUCAGCAAUAAUGUACAGAAGCUUAACCAGAGGAUCACAUGGUAUGUAAAAAUCAGAGUCAGCUAAAUGAGCAAUGGGUAAUCACUGAGGUGUAUCACAGAAUUUUUGGCUCAGUUUGCAUUUAAUAAGACGGUGAUGUCAGUUAAAUGGAGAUAUACUCUUUCUGGAUAAUGAACUCUUUUUUUUUGUCAGCUCUGUAAGAAAAAAGACAUGAUUAUCUCUUACUAAAAGAAACUCUUGCACACUUUUUACGUUAACGCUCAGUGUAUUUCAUAGCAAAAACUGUCAAUUAUUAUUUCAAACCGCCACCAGUAUGGUAUUUAUUUAUUUAAAUCUUUGUUUUAUUUAUCCCUCAGAUCUAAAACCAGUGAUUUGGCGAAUGUUAUGGGGAAAUAAUUAUUUGAUCCCCUGCUGAAAUGAACAGUUUCUAAUUUUUAUAGUAGUUUCAUUUUAACAGAAUCUCAACCAAAAAUCCAUAAAACAAAGACACAUUAAAUAAAAGUUAUAAAUUGAUUUGCACCUCAUUGAGUGAAAUAAGUAUUUCAUUUGUGCGAAACAUGACUUAGUGCUUGCUUUUGCACACAUCUCAGGAGGGAUUCUGGCCCACUCUUCUUUACAGAAACUAUAAAUCCUUUAAGGUUUCUUGGCUGCCAGUUCACAACUCUAAGUUCGUCUCCCUCCACAGAUUUUCUAGGAUUGAGAUCGGGAGAUUAGCUAGGCCACGACCUUAAGGGGCUUUUUCUUGUUGCCUUGGCAGUACAGUAUGUUUUGGGUUACUGGAAGACCCAUCCACAGCCUAUCUUCUGGCUCUUAAGUGGCCAGUGGACUGUUGUUGUUGCAUCCAUUGACCUCAGUGUGGUGAAGUCAUCCCACACCCUUAGUGGAAAGAUGGCUCCAAAGCACAAUGUUUCCACCUUUGUGCUUGACUGUGGGGAUGGUAAUGUUUGGGUCAUACUCAGCUUACAUACACAGGGGGUCAAGUUGAUGCCAAAGAGCUUGAUUUUGGUUUCAUCUGACCACAGCACUUUCUCCCAAGCCUUCUCUGAAUCAUUUAGAUGUUCACUGGCAAAGACGGACCUGUACAUGUGCCUUCUUGAGCAGGGAGACUUUGCGGGCACUGCGCGCUACCAAUGGUGUUUUUGGUGAUUGUGGUCUCAACUGCCUGCAGAUCAAUAACAAGCUCCUCCCAGGAAGUUUUGGGCUGAUUCACCACCUUUGACAUGAUUAUCCUCACUUCAUGAGACAAGAUCUUGCAUUGAGCUCGAGAUGGAGGGACAUGUUGUUCCAUGCACAUCUACAAUUGCGUCCUUGACAUUCUUGGGCAUCUCUUUGGUCUUACCUAUGGUCACGGUGAGGUUGAAAUGGAAGAAACUGAUUGUGUGGACUCGUGUGCUGGGCACACAGCCAAUUUGUGGGAUCAAACAUUUAUUUCACUCAAAGGCAUGCAAAUCUAUUUAUAACUUUUAUGUGAUUUGGGGGUUUUUUCUGGAUUUUAAAUUCAGAAAAAAAUUAAUUCAGGAAAGGAGAAAAUAAUUAUUUCCCCUAUUUGUGGGAUUUUGGAUUGACAAAAAAGUGAAACAAUUAUUACACUGCUUUAGAGAUGGUUGCAACUAAAGAUUUGAUUUAAUUAUUGAUGAAUCUGCCUGUUGCUUUAUCAACAGAUGAAUGAAUUGCUUGGUUUGUGUUUCAGAGAAAAAAGUGGAAAAAAAUAAGUAAAUUUAGCAAUCAGUAUUUAAGUAUCACAGGAAGAUGGAAACUGAAGGAAGGAAGAUGAAAACUGGGGAAUUUUGGUCAUUUUUACAAAAUUAAUGGUAAAUCAACUGGCUAUUAGACUAGGAAAAAGU